UUUCUGUUUGAUGGAUGUAGUACGCUGAAGGUUCCACUGACAAUGGCUCAGAACGUUCAAAGCGUUACAUUGGCUCUCACUCUCCCGAUUACUUGUCAUAUUUGUUUGGGGAAGGUACGGAAGCCAGUCAUAUGUGUCAACAAUCAUGUCUUCUGUUCUGUUUGUAUUGAAUUGUGGCUGAAAAACAACAACCAAUGCCCUGCCUGCAGGGUGCCUAUUACACCAGAAAAUCCCUGCAAGGAUAUAAUAGGUGGCACUAGUGAAACUGAAUGCAUGCUAAGUCAUCCUGUACGAAAACACCUGCGUAAAGCUAGACUUGAGCUUCUUCACAAGGAAUAUGAGGAAGAAAUAGAAUCAUUGGUAAAUGAAAUGGAAGAACUGAAAGGAAAGAAUAUUAAACUGGAGGAACAGCUGAGUAUGAAGGUUGAUCCAGUUACUGUGGCUUCAUGCAAUGACUGUAAUUGUGGAUAUAAACAAACAGAAGAUAAAAAUGGCAUUAUUGCCAGAACAUUUGAAGAAUUUAAUAAUAAGCUUCUAGUAGCGAUGGAUACAACGAAAAAACUUAAAGAAGACAUGGAAAAGCUUAAGGAGGAAAACAAAAGGCUUAAAAAUGACAAUAAUGAAUUUGUUAGAGAGAAUUUACGAUUGAAAAAUGAAGUAGAUCUCAGAUCACCUCAGAAGUUUGGAAGAUUUACAGUGGCUGCAUUACAAGCUAAAAUAGAUCAGUAUGAAAGAGAAAUGAACAGGCUUAAAAAAGCAUUAGAGCGGAGUGAUCAAUACAUUGAAGAACUGGAGGUUCAGAUUGAAAUCUUGAAAAGGCCUCCAGUUCAGAAUCAAAAAGGAAAAUCGCAUAAUGACUCUACUACUGAAGAAAAUGUUCAUUUUGUACAAAGUGAAACAGAGCUUCAAUGUAAAAAUAAGAAAUCAGGCUCUAUUCCUAAUUCUGACCAUAAAAUAUGUGAUACAACUUCUGGACCUGAUACUAACAAGUUGGGAACGCAAGAUUCCUCCUCAAAUUGCACAUCUGGUUUAAAUAGAGACAAAUAUAUUAAAGGAGAAAAUUUGUCUAAUUUACAAAGUACUUUGGGUGCAUUAAGUGAAGCAAAUUCUACUUUAUGGGACAAUAGUAUCAAACGACCAGUUGAAGAUUCAGAAACACAAGGGGUCAACAUGGAUACACAUACACCAUCUAAAGUGAUUGAGUUUCCAGACUGCAGUAGCCCAAGUGUAUCUUUACCCUUUGACUCCCUUCAGUUAAACACACCUAACAAUAAACCUACUCCUCCUGUUUUUGAUCAGAUAAACUUAAAGAAACCCUUAACAUAUCUUAGAAAAUUGACUUUUGAUGAAUACCCUAAAAAAAAUAAAACAGAGUAUUUAGUUUUUGAAAAAAAGAAUGAAACUGAACCAACCUCUCUUGCCCAGUCAGUAUGUGAGUUCUGGAGUGGUAGCCAAAAUAAUUGUGAACUUCCAUCUAAGAUCACUGAAAGGAAUCCCAAAUUUAAAGAGGGUAACCUCCAAUUAGAAAAGCUUUUUCCAGACAAAGUAGAUCAUGUUUUUUUAAAAAGAUUACAGACAAUAAGUGGUGAUGAUGAUAAUCGUGCCAGAACCACCAGUGAGAUGUGCAUGGAUGCUGCACUCCUUGAUAAGAUUAGUGAGCUGGAUAAUAUGAUGUCUGAUUUAGAAGGGAAUAAAACACUGAUUCUUUCCAAAGAGAAAUCUGAAAUAUCUAUAUCUAGAAAAGCUGAAAAGCUUCAACAUGCUCCAUUAAAUGAGAAUAAAAUAUCUGAAAAUGUGAUUUGCUCACAGUUAAAUCAAGAUUCAAGUAAUGAGACACCAUGUACUUCUGAUAGUGAUGGUUAUUUUACUACUCAGACCAUGAACGAACAGCUAAGUUGCUCUCAGAUGUCCUCAUUUAAUAUGCCUGGUAAAGAGCAAGAAACAUGGGCUUCGUGUAGUACAGUUAUCACCAGUAUUCAUGCUCAUGCAUCAAAGCGAAAGCUGAGUAAUGUAUGUAGUGAAAGCCCCACAAAAUCUUUUAAGCACUGAAUAAUAGUUAGUAGGGCACAUCAUAUCCUCCACUCUGAUAAAUAGAAGGGAAAAAGUCUUGCACAAUUGAGCAUCACUAUUAUCUUAAAUGUGUAAAUUAAAUGUAUAUUUUAUAAGCAAUUUAUCCAUUAAGAAAUGUUAGACUAAAUAAAAAAGAUGGUCCCCUAUGCUUAGUAAAAAUGAAUAUUAAUAAUUAUUGUUGUAGAGCGUGUCCAUGUCCACCAGUAAAUUUGUGAGAGUUGUCCUGAUUAUUUUAUCAGCCAGUCGAUAAUCUGUCCCUAGGAUUUAGUUUUGCCAAGUAUGAAUUCUCAUUUUAACAUUUAAAAGCUUGUUUUUUUUUGUUUUUUUUAAAAAAAAAAAAAAAAAAAAACUCACUCCAUAAGACUGACUUAAAGAGACAUGAAACCCAAAAUUUUACUUUUCAUUAUUGAGAUAGAGAAUACAAUUUUAAAUGUUUACUUCAAUUAUCAAAUUUGUUUCAUUCUCGUGUUCUUUGUUGAAGAGAUACCUAGAUAGCAAAUAGUGCGGCCAUCUAGUGCUUUUACUGUUGUAUAAUAUUGUUGCAUAACUGCGGCCAUAUAGUGCUGCAGACGUGUACACUCCUGAGCUUACGUCCCUGCUUGUCAACAAAGAAAAAAAGGAAAACAAAGAAAAUUUGAUAAUAGAAAUAAAUUUGAAUGUUUGUUUCGAAUUGCAUGCUGUAUCUUAAUCAUUAAAGAAAAGUUUUGGGCUUUCUUUUAAUUGCUGAUUUUAUAUAGUGGGUGUGUAUGUGUAUAUAUAAAUAUAUAUAUAUAUGUAUGUUUGUGUAUAUAUAUGUGUGUGUAUAUAUAUAUAUAUAUAUAUUAUAUGUAAUGUGUGUAUCUUGGAAUAAAUAUGUAAGCAAUUAUCUGCCUACAUUUUGAGAUAGUAAUGUGGUAAUGUGCCAGGACUACUGAUGCUGCUUCAGUUAUAUUUUCUGUCUAUUUUUUUUUCUAAAUAAAGUAAAAUUUAAAUUU